AUAAACGUCGCAAACCUUAUGCUAGUAGCGAUCCCUCAGACGGGCUGUUUGAGCGACAUCAGGCAUAACGUUACAUCGGUUGUUGCCUCUUAAGGGGAAGCAGCGGUUGGAUAAAUCCCACUAUAUGGUUUUAGUUUGUUACGGUGGCAGCAUCGAAACGGAAUAUCUCGAGUGGAACGUUCCUGUAACCUUUAUGUGAGGUCCAAGCCCUAAAGGAGCGGGUCAUAGACGGGAGGAGAGACUCGGAGCAAAAGCAUCUGGCCGCAGAAGCCUGGAUACGUGUUUUUAUUUUUUGUUCAGCCCCCGAAACACAACAACAACCAAGCCGUUUUCCAGCACGCAACAACCACCAUGGAGGCCAUUGCCAAAUACGAUUUCAACGCCACUGCUGAUGAUGAGCUUAGUUUCAAACGUGGCGAAGUCCUCAAGGUAUUAAAUGAAGAGUGUGAUCAGAACUGGUACAAGGCAGAGCUAAACGGAAAAGAUGGCUUCAUUCCCAAGAAUUACAUAGAGAUGAAAGCCCAUCCGUGGUUCUUCGGGAAGAUUCCCCGGGCCAAAGCAGAGGAGAUGCUAAACAAACAGAGGCACGACGGGGCCUUCCUCAUCAGAGAGAGCGAGAGCGCACCAGGAGACUUCUCCCUCUCUGUGAAGUUUGGAAAUGACGUCCAGCACUUCAAGGUUCUUCGUGACGGGGCUGGAAAGUAUUUCCUAUGGGUGGUGAAGUUCAACUCCCUCAACGAGCUGGUGGACUACCACCGCUCCACCUCAGUCUCUCGCAAUCAACAGAUCUUUCUGCGAGACAUAGAGCAGGUCCCCCAGCAUCCCACAUAUGUGCAGGCGCUCUUUGACUUUGACCCCCAGGAGGAAGGAGAGCUGGGUUUCCGACGCGGAGACUUCAUCCAGGUCCUGGACAACUCUGACCCCAACUGGUGGAAAGGAGGCUGCCACGGUCAAACGGGCAUGUUCCCCCGCAACUACGUCACGCCUGUCAAUCGGAACAUGUAAAACAGUCUGACCAUGUAAACCACAACAGCAACAACAGCAACCUAUCACCACCACCACCACCACCACCAUCAUCAUCAUCAUCAUCGUUCUCGAUCUCAUCAGCCCCCAUCCAAGCCCCCAACCACCCCUCUUCGCCAUCCCACGAUAACAGGAGCAGACAGGAAGAAUGCAAACAACUGAAAAAAGAGAGAUAAAACAGGAGUAGUGCUGCCGUAGGCGUCGCUGAGUGGGUGGCAGCUGAGCAAAAUCAACUUUUUUACUUGUGCAGAAUGUUCACCUCCCCAGUGAACGCCUCGGCGAGGACUGAACUGUCUUUGAGGGAAAUCUAAAUGCAGAGAAACUAAAGAGUAGUGAACCAUCCCGCGAAGAUAACCAAACAAUUCUACCGCUACCACAGCUGCUUCUGUCUUCUCCUUAACUUCUUAACAUUCUGCCUUCCUUUUGUGUUUGUUUCUUUUUCUUUGCCGCAUGUUGUUUUAAUCGCCUAAAAUGAAAUGCCUACCGAUUAAAUCCUAACUCUGUUUUAAAGAAGUAAAAAAGAAAAAAAGAUCAAAAAUGUAAAAAAAGAAAUGGUUUUAAAAAAUGUACAAAAAAGAAGAGAGAGAGAGAGAGAGAGAGAGAGAGGAAAAAAAUGCAAUCUACUAUACAGCAAGUUUCCAUGUCUGAGAUCAUUGGCACCUGAGCAUUGUACAUCAGCCAUCGGCUGUAUAAAUAAAUCGACUAUAGAGAGAAUCCAUUUUUUAAGAAUAUAUAUAUUAUAUAUUUGUAUGUGUUUUGUCUGUUUCACCUCUCAUCACAAAUUGUAUUUUUUUUUUUUUUCAUUUGUAAAUUAUGUUAAAUCUUUUGUUAGUCUGGAUAAGACCUAGUAGUUUUAGGAUGUGCUAAAUUGUCAGUUUUUUGUUUUUUCUGAAUCUAUCUGAGGGCUCUCAGAUAAUACAGCGUGAUAUUUAAGGGGUGAUAAAUUCCAUUUAAAAGGUUUCUCUUGUCUAGAUCGCAAGGAAAGUGACGUUAGUUCUCUGAGAAGAAACUAACCCUGUCAGGAAGCCAAUGUUGACCAGCAAGUAGAGCCAUGAAUGCUGCAAGAAGCUGUUGUAUUACAAAGCCCUGUAUAAAAGGUCAGACACCUUUUCAAAAGCCAAUGUAUUUAUUGCAGCCAUUUUACUUGGGCAGUGAAUGUAGCUGACUUGAGUCCACAGACAUUAACAUGAGGGAAGCAAGGUCGGAGAACUGAACUACACAAACCAUGCAAGCGACCUUUUUUUUUUAAGACAUGCUGAGACAGUGAUGAUGUCGAUAUUCAUUCAAGCGAGUGGCGUAUGAGGAUAUGUACAGGUAGUUCACGUGCAUAUUCACAAACAUUUGUUACACGCAUGCAUACGCAAGACGCUCUCCUCCUUGUUAUACCUGCACGUAGCAAAGAGGCGGAGUUUUGGAUAAUCACAUUGUGUAAUCACCAGUGCUGAUCCGCAGCUGGCACAGUAAACAGUCCAGAAAACUGAGAGAUUGUCUUUUAUGCUACAAGUUGAGAGAUCAGCUUCAAUGAUGUAAAAGUGUUUUUUUUUUUUUUCUCCUUUUGUCCAAUGUGGCGUGUUGUCAAGCACUUUUUUUUUUUUUUUUUUUUUUUUUUUUUGUCAAAAAUUUGGUUUCUGGUCCUGUGUGUAUGUGUUUCUGUUACUGGCUUCUGUUUUCUUGUUCUCUCUGGAUAGUGCCUUUCUCUCUGGUGUUUCAGUGUCUCCGACCUGCUACUUUUUGCCCCCCCUCCCCUUUAUGGGGGCCUGCCAGUCUUGCAGUGAGAAACGGUGUACAUAAUCCAACCUGUCCUAUCCAACGAUGCCCAGCCUCCCCUUUCCCCGCCUCCUACAUCAACCCGCCUUCACCUUUUAUCCUCACCAACAUGGAACUCUUCUUAUUUAAGUGUCUCUCGCCUUGUCUUACCUAAUGAUCCUGUUUUUGCUCGUUUUUUUUUAUUUG